AUGACACUUAUACCAACUACUGAAUCAGUAUCAAUCUACUUCUAUAAAUUCAUUGUCAAUCAUCAAGUAUUCUUUAAAUCGAAAUAUACUUAUGCAUUAGUCAAUUUAAAACCAAUUGUACCAGGUCAUGUCCUCAUUGUACCGUUAAGAACCAAUGUAAUAAGAUUAUCAGAUCUUACUCCCAUUGAAUCAAUUGAUUAUAUGAAUACUCUUCAAUUGAUUCAUCGGUUUAUUAUCGAUCAUUAUAAGGCUGAUUCAUUAAAUAUCGCCAUUCAAGAUGGACCUGAAUCAGGUCAAAGUAUACCUCAUUUACAUACUCAUAUAAUCCCCCGGUAUAAAUUAGAUGGAAUAGAUGAUGGAAUACAUAAUCAGAUUGAACUGAUGGAUUUAAUUAAACAAUUUGAACAACGCAAACAGAGUUUCUUAACGGCAAAGGAAAAAGGAUUACUUUUGAAAGUUCCUCAUGAUAAUGAUCGUAUUCUGAGAACUGAUGAGGUUAUGAAAGUUGAAGCAGAUGGUUUAAGAGAGAAAUUAAAUAACUUUAUCAAACAGAAUGACAUUGUCAUUGAUCAAUGA